GUCCAAAUUUGAUCCGAAUUCAUCUACACUAGCAAGCAGCCCUGUCCGAGCUCAAAUCAGCGCCGUCGCAAAUCCGGCUCCACCUUCGCGUUCCUCUCCUCAUCUCCCUCAAUCCACCCACCAUUUGUUCCUAUAAAUACAUCAAGCAUUGCGGCAAGAGGUCUGUUCACCGGCGGCAAUGGCAGUUGGCGAGCUGUAGCAGGAUUGAGAUGGUAUCCCCGUGUGUGGCGGGCCGUGGUCUGAUUCCCCGUAACGCAUGGGCGGUGGACCUGUUAAUCCACCGAUGAAAUCCACCGACUAGCCACUGCUGCCGCUGCUCUGCUUCCUCCCCCCUUUGCUCCGGGCCGCCGCACCGACCGCCUGUUCCGAUCAAUGGAGACCGACACUCGGAUGGAGAUCGUGGUUGUCCAGGGGGAUCCUAUGGAGGCUGAGGCUGGUGAGGGAGAUCCUGUGGGGGAUGAUGAUGGGAGAUCGAAUACGGAUCUGUUCGGACGUUCUGGCGACGUCGACAGCGAUUCUGAAUCAAAGUGGAAGAGUUGGCGGAAGAGCCUGUUUUGGUAUGAAAAUCCCGAGCUGCCUGCGCGACGGCCCUGACUACGACGUGCUGCCUUAUCCAUGGGAGGAGGAGGAGGAGGAGUGGAAGGGGAAGGACAAGGAUGGGGAAGAGGGGAGGGGGAGGGACAAGGAGGAGGAAGGCGCGCUCUUCCUCAAGUUGACGGAGACAACCUGGUCGGAUUUGUCAGACGAGCGUAGAAAGAGGGGGCGGUGGGAAGAGCAUCCAGGGAUGGUGAGCUCGAGGACAACGAGUGCUCCUGCUGCUGCUUCAUCAUCUUGUCCAGAGGGAGUAGUAGAUGCGCAACAGCAGCCACUUCGUACCAGCGCUGAGGUGCUCAAAGUUCGGAUGGAGAUGCAUGAGUGCUAUGAGAAGGGGACAUCAUACGACUGCCUCUUUGAAAGCAAGGCAAACAGGGAUGAGCUUUUCUUUCACAAUGAUUAUGAUGAGCCCUACAUGAUCUAUGUUAUUCGCUGCCAGCGUGAAUUAAGGGUGCUUCCUUACGCACACGUGUUCCCAGGACUCGAUGACACGGACCCCCAAAUCUCUUGCGAGUGGGUGAGACCUACUACCAUAGAAGGCGACAAGCAAUAUCUCCUAUUUUUUCCUCAGCUGAUGCAGGCUACAAAAUUUGGAGAGACAAAAGAUCAUGUGUUGGCCAAAGCUAUUGUGCUUGCAAGAAAGUCGUUUCAGAAGAUGCUCUGGUUCCAAAUUGAUAUUGCAGUCCAGGAUUGCAUGGAACUCAUGAAGAGUGAGGAGGCAAAGAAACGAAGAUAUGAUCUUUAUUAUUUUGCUGUUAGUGAGAUCGUUUUGAAUAAAAUGGAAUAUGAAUCUGUGCUCAAGUGUAUUAGGGAUGGGGAUUCGGGUCUUCCACAUGGUCUCACAGAGUUUGCCUAUCAUACUUACCUUUGGGAUGGUCAGAUUGCAGAAAUUGUUGAUUAUCUUGUGAAAUAUUUUGAGUCCCAGCGACAAUGUGGCAUGCACAAGGAAUGGCUCUGUGAGAAGGUUGAUUUGGAAGUAGCUAGGAGCCUAGGAUUGUCUGUGAGACGGUUGACGCUCUGAAUUCACUCUAAUUUUGUGCACAGGUCCCAUCCCCCUGUCAUCUUUAUGUGCAACUUCUUCGAAAAAAGAGGAGGAUUGCACAAGAGCGUGGCCUAUUGACAUCAGAGGAGGCCCCAUCAGAAGAAAAAAAAAAGACAUCCGAGGAGGCCAGAAUAUAAAUGCCCCUUUUUUAUAUAGAAAGCAACCUGCCUGGUGCAGUCAGUAUGCAGAGAGAGGGCAGGACAUCAACACUGUGACUGAAAUCUGAACCUUAUGAAUCCAAGAAUUCCUCUUCGAUUGCAA